AAUUUUCAGGAAUUAGCGUUAUUAUGGCAACAUGAGGUGAUUUAUUUUGGUAUAUGCCUCAAACAACUAGGAGAAAUUAUUUCGCGUAAAUCAGUGGAGAAAUGUUACCUCGUAAUUUGCAAACACUACGAGAUAGGAAAAGUAACUGGUCGUUAGCAGACGAUCGAGAACUUUGCGAUGUACUGGAGGAAAUCAGGUCUUCUUUAACCUCAAAGAUUAAUAAUGUCUCGGAUGCAAUCCGAGAAAAUUCUUUGAAGGUCGUUAAUGCAUGUGUACAGGUUUCGAAUCUCAACAAUCGAUUGUCCUUAUUUGCAGCAGAUCAGUUCAUUGAAAGUCGUGUGGGAGAUGACACACCAGUAUGCAUUGAUCCAACUUUAACUCCCCAAACGGUAGUCCAAAAUAAGCAAACGGAAGCAACUGAUAACUUACGCCAAGCGGUCUCAAUGGGGUUAGAGUUAAUGCGGACACAUUUCAAGCGGAUUGAUAUACGUCCCGAGGAUCUAGAUGAAGACGACGAUUCAGUUUGCAUGCCUGAACCAGUCUUCGAGCCAUAUGAUGAAAAUCUUUCACGACCAUUACCAUUCCUUAUCGGCAGUUCAAACUGGAAUUCUUCAUCUUAUACUGAUUCUUUGGAGGAAUGCACCGAAAUAACGAAGGUAACUGAGGAGGUUAUUAUCAGUUUACCACCUUUUACGCAACCGAAAAUGGGGGAAUGCAGAAGUCCAUCUUACUCGGAUGCACUAGAUGGGAAGCUAUCAUGUAUAAUAUCAAACCGAGUAACUUCAAAUACCAAAGGUGUUGAUGCAAAGAUUGGUAACUAUUCAUGUGAAUAUAGUGGCGAAACUUAUACCUCUCAGGAUGUAGUUGCUACGUCCAGUUCACAGACUUCUUUGCUAAAAGAAAGAGAAGUUGAAAACACAGUAGACUUCACAUUGGAUUUGUCAAGGAAUAGGACGUCGAGGCGGUACUCUGAAGUAUCCGUAACACCCCGAAAUCCAGAACUAUCAGUAAGACAUCCAGGUUCCGAAGUAUCCCACAGACCUCUGGGUGUGGAAGUAUCUACGAGGCUCCCGGAAUCCGAAAUACCUGUUAAAAGAAUAUUGGCUACUGGUGCAAUAAAAGAUCAAGCAAAGAGAAAAACCAGUGAAGUUGCAUCAAACGCUGUGGGUAAACUGUUUGUCGACAGCAGCUCUGACGAGGAUGAUCUUUUCAGUGACGUAAAAAACACGACUGCGGAAACAAAACGACAUAUUUCUACUUAUUCAAAUGAUUCUCAAAUCAUUUCAACCUCUGAGCAGAGAAAGAAUAACUUGCAAACUGAUAUGGAUGUGCGUAAUCCAGACGUGUUUACUGAUAUAUCGAAACCAAAAAAUUCGUUGAAAGCUGCGGAUCAUGUCUUUACAAAUGAUGCGGAGAAUUCGGAUACAUUCCGAAAUAAACUAGAUGGUAUACUUUCAAAUAAAAUUAUAUCAAAUACGAUUAGUGGCGUGGAAAAACGUCAAAAGAAAGGAAUUGCAGAAGAAAGAAUAAAGAAUGAUGGAACCAACGCUGUUUUGCCUUCCCUUGCAAAGCUGCGAGCCAAGGGACCACCUCGGCGCUCACCCUCACGUUUGUCGCAACAUUCUGACAAAGGAGAUGAUAAGGGUGAGGUAAAGUCGAUUCGUGCUUCCGUAGUUAUAAGUGCAAAUGCAGAAGAUAAUCGAACUAUUAAGGGAAAAGCUGAGGUACGUAACGAACGACAAGACGGUGAACUGAAAAUCGAUCCCGGAAAGUAUAUCGUUGAAAACGUAAACAAUGUGAAGCAAAAAAGUGAAAUCAGUUCUAUAUUUUCUUCUGAUUCGGACGAUGAUUUUUUUUCCGCUUUUUCUGGCAUAUCUAAAACCAAUGCACUUGUUUCGAAAUUACACGUCGAGAACGACGGUAUACAGUCACUGCCAUCGUCUAGGGAGCGUUCUUCGAUCAUAUCAACAAGCCGAACACAUACUCCUAAAAUUGGUUCUAAGUUGAAGAAUUUGUUUGACUCAGAUGAUGAAGAUAUUUUUGCUAGCACCAUUUCGGUUGAGAAACAGGAACAGCAGUCUGCUAGAGACAAGGGAGCCGUUUUGAGGAACGAAGCAAUCAUUCCAAAAAAGACAGGUCAAUUCUGGAGAAAAAGGAAACAGUUAUUCCGAGAAAAUUAAGUACUUCGAAACCGAAAAGAGUAGACAUUUUUGGCGACGAUUCUGAUGGUGAUCUUUUCAGCUGAUGAUUUCCGUUCUUUUAAAUUUACCAAUCAUUCAAUGUUCCAUGUGAUUCAGUGCAUUAUUCUAUGUCAGAUAAUUCACCUUUUUUUUU